UUAAAUAAAAGAAAUUCUGCAAAAUUUAGUGUCAUCAUAAAUUUACAAGCAAAAAAUAUUUUAGUACAAUUAAAUUUGAAAAUACAACAAAAUAAAUAGAUAAAAUGGAAGAAUUACAAGACGCCAGCAUUCAUCAUACGGCUGCCAAGUUAAUCAGUACAAUUAAGACAUUAAAAAAUUAUGAGCCACUUUAUCAAAAUGUUCAGAAAUUAGUGUGCAGUCCCAGUGUGGAUCGUAAUGAUAUGUGCAAUACUUUAGAGGAUGCCAUUAAAAAUGCUGGCAUUGAAACCGAUAUACGAAAUAUUAUAUUUCAUUUGGUGCGGAGUAAAUUGAAACCGGAAGAGAAAGUGUCGCACACAAAUAUGAACGACCCCUUGGGCUACUUAAAACGUGCUGGCGUACAAUGGGAUCGACGUGUGCGUAAAAGUUUAAAUGCCAUGUGUUCUGAAUUGAAAAUGGCUUGUCAGGGUCAACCGCGUAUAUCAACAGAUCGUGAGGAAUUACUCAAUAAAUGGGAUGAAUUAAGUAAUUAUACUAUAGAUUUAGCCAACUAUAGACCCGUGUAUGCUCCUAAGGACAUUUUAGAUGUUUUGCUGUCUUUGAAGGGACCCAUAAAGUCUUCGGAAAAUACAGAGUUGGUACAGGUGCCGAAAUGGGAAUUUUCGCAUAUAUCACUGCCAGUUAAGAAUUUAUUUGAAUUGAGAAAUCAUUAUAACGACCUAAUGCGCAAUGAAUCGUAUGCCGGUGCAGCCGAUAUAAAUUUACAAUGUCAUCGGGUGCUGGAGUCAAAACAUGCCGUCCUCUGUCAACAUUUACUAAGAAAAGGCAAUACUCCCGCUCCCUAUAGAGGAGCUUUGUGGGCCUAUGUUUUAGGCAGUCAUGUCAACGACUAUGACAUUGAUCACUGGAACAAGUUAAAGAAUAUGGUGCUGGCCACCGAUCAUAUAGUGGAUAAAUUGGUUUUUAAAGACAUACAACUUACCGCUUCCAAUGAUGAUCAGUAUUUUGUGUUUGAAGAUGUUUUGUAUCAGGUGAUGUUGUGUUUCUCACGUGACACUGAAAUCGCUCAAAUGAUACAGUUCGAACACUAUCCGGUAAAGGGUAAACAUUAUGAGGCUCCACCGUCGGGGGUGGUACCAUUUCAUGGUAUUUGUAUGUUUGCUGCUCCAUUUUGUUAUUUAUAUGACUCACCCAUUAGCUUGUAUUUUACUUUUCGAGCCUUUUACAUUAGAUACUGCCAUCGUUUGACCACAAUAAAUACCCAUCCUCAGGGUAUUGUCAGCAUAUGUUUACUAUUUGAGAAACUCUUACAAACCCAUGAGCCACAAUUAUGGUCCCACUUUCGAGAGCUACAAAUUCAACCCAUACGUGUUGUAUUCAAAUGGUUAAUGAGAGCAUUUAGUGGUCACUUGCCUCCAGAUCAAUUACUGGUAUUAUGGGAUUUGAUCUUGGGCUUUGAUAGUUUAGAAAUUUUAUCCAUAUUUGCCAUAAUUAUUUUAUCAUUUCGUAAAGAGAGCAUCAUGCAAGUCACCUCAUUGGAUAGUAUUGAAGCAAUAUUGGCGGAUUUGUCCUCGAUAAAGGUGUUGCCUUUAGUACAAUUGGCUUUGAGUAGAGAUUAA